AUGACGAACCACGCGCUUAAGCUCACCGGCUGCCGGCGCAGAUCUGCACCAGGUCCGGCGCCCUGGGCAUCGCGGGUCAGCACGGAGCGGCGGCCCCGGCGUCGCUGUCCGGCGCGCGGAGGCCAGGGUACAGGACGGCGCGGCGGCUCAGCAUCGCGGUCCGGCGCACGGAGGCCGGGGCACAAGACGGCGCGGCCGGAGCUCGACGAGGCCGCGCUCCUCUUCCGCGGCAGCCAUGCCAAGCUCACCUUCCCCGAAGACGCGCGCCUCCACCCGGCGUCCACGGCGGCCAGGGCCGCACCGGCGCCGACGCCAGCGCCUCUCGCCGGCGUGGCGGCCUCGACCUCUCCCACCGGCUACCACGCCGGUGCCGCGCAGGGCACCGACUACCUGAGGAGCGGCGGAGGAGGCAGCAACCAAGGCCGCCGCCGCACGUCGAGCUGGCGAUGGCGCACGCGCGGGACGGCGGGGUCAACGAGCGGGCGGAGGCGGCCGCCUGCCUGGAAGGCGACGCCGAGACCGGGGCCCGUACAAGGCCGCGGCGCGCGCAUACGACGAGGCCGGGCACGGAGCAGCGGCCCCGGCGUCGCGGUCCGGCGCGCGGAGGCCAGGGUACAGGACGGCGCGGGGGCCAGCGUCAUGGUCCGGCGCACGGAGGCCGGGGCACGACGAGGCGCCGGAUCCACGCGAUGGGAUCCAAGCGGCCGGCGGGGCAGCGUGUGGCGGCGGACCACGAGGGGAGGAAAGCUCGCAAGCAUCUGCGGGGCGCGCGGCCACCGGUGCGGCAUUGGCAGCAGGAGCGAGGCAAUCGGUGUGGCAGCGCUCGCGACCUCGGCGAUGGCGCGCUGGACGUCCUGCAACACCGCGGCCACCGAGAAGCAGUGCGACAACGAGGACGCGAGCAGGCCCUGUGGUCCCUGGCCGGCAGACACAUCCGUGUCGGCCUUGCUUGCCGCCGAACCCUGCCGCCGGAAGCUCCACCGCCUCUUCUCCCUCACGGACGACGUCGCCGAUGUCGUCGGCAGCGGCACCGACAACACCGACUGA